AAAGUACUUAAAGAACGUUAGCGUUUCACUUCUCUCCAUGUGUACGUGCCUUUCAACGGAUCAAAAUCUAAGAUGUAUCGCUUCAAGCUAUCCGUUAUAUUACUAUCUCUACUUGCAAGGCUUGGACUUUCAGAGCCAAAUUACUCCAUACUGGACGAGAACAGUAACAGAUGGCUUCCAGACGACACUCUUCUUACAGGCCUUAAUACGUUAUAUAAUAGUAUAUCUCAAGGUUUAAAAGAUGAUAAGAAGAAACGUCCAAUGUCAAUAAUCGCUGCAGCUAUUGUAGAAUAUUUGUCAUCAGAUCUGAUAGAGGAACAAGAUAAAUUAAAUACAGCCUUAAACGUAAUAGUGAGGAGUAGUACUUCAAAAUCACAAGACUCCUUAAGAAAUAAGCUUAUAAAUGAAAAUGAAGCAACUACAAGAACUCCUGAUGUUCUAUUUCAAGAUAAUUCUAAUCAGAAAGGAUACGACUUUGAAGAUCUUUAUAAAAUGAGAAUUAUGCUAUAA